ACACUCCCUUUUCUCUUUUUGCUACCAUCCAAGCAAAAGUUGCCCCUUCCUGUCGCCUUUUUCUUUCGGUACAUGAUUUAGUUUUGUUGCUGUAUUUAAAAAAAAUAUUGAUAAAAAAUAUGUCCGUAUUUGGCGAGGUACCCCAAGCGACCCCUGUCGCUGUCUUCAAACUGAUACAGGAUUUCAAUCACGACCAGUUUCCACACAAAGUCAACCUCGGGGUUGGGGCCUACCGUACAGAUGAAGGCAAACCGUGGGUUUUACCGGUGGUGAAAAAGGUGGAGAAGAUCAUCGCCAACGACGACAAGCUAAACCACGAGUACCUUCCUAUCCUGGGCUUACCCGAGUUUAGAUCCUCGGCUUCCAAAAUCGCACUGGGAGAUGGCAGCCCUGCUAUCCUGGAGGACAGGGUUGGUGCUGUUCAGUGUCUCGGUGGUACGGGUGCGCUGAAGAUGGGAGCAGAGUUUCUUCGACGUUUCUACAAUGGAAGCAACAACACAAAGACGCCCGUCUAUGUGUCUGCACCUACCUGGGAAAAUCACAAUGGCGUCUUCUCCAACGCCGGCUUUGAGGAUGUUCGUCCAUACAAGUACUGGGAUGCGGAGAAGCGAGGCCUCGAUCUGUCUGGUUUUCUUGGCGACCUGGAGAGCUGCCCGGAGCGCUCCAUCUUUGUCCUGCAUGCCUGUGCCCAUAAUCCAACCGGCACCGACCCCACACACGAGCAGUGGAAGCAGAUUGCUGAAGUGAUGAUGAGAAGAAAGCUGUUUGUCUUCUUUGACUCGGCUUAUCAAGGAUUCGCCUCGGGCAACUUGGACGAAGACGCUUGGGCGGUUCGUUUUUUUGUCUCCAUGGACUUUGAAAUGUUCUGCGCGCAGUCGUUCUCCAAGAACUUUGGCCUUUACAAUGAACGUGUCGGCAACCUGACCGUGGUGUCUCGGGAUGCUGACAGCCUGAAGAGAGUCCUGUCCCAGAUGGAGAAGAUAGUGAGGACGACCUGGUCCAACCCUCCUUCUCAGGGCGCUCGCGUUGUGGCCGUCACGCUCAACUCACCUGAGCUCUUUACCGAAUGGAAGGACAACGUGAAGACGAUGGCUGACAGGGUGUUGCUGAUGAGGGCCCAGCUGAAGGCCAAACUCCAGGCCCUGGGGACACCUGGAACUUGGCAUCACAUCACGGAACAAAUUGGCAUGUUCAGCUUCACGGGCCUCAACCCCAAACAAGUGGAGUAUUUGGUGAAGGAGAAGCACAUUUACCUGAUGGCCAGCGGUCGCAUCAACAUGUGCGGGUUGACCAGUAAGAACAUCAGCUACGUGGCCGAGUCCAUCCACGAGGCCGUCACUCAGGUCCAGUAAAAAGCCAGCCUUUAGGGCUCCUCAUUCCUGACAAUGGGUGUUCUUCACCCAUUUUACUGCCCUACUUUGGUCCUUAUGCUGAAUACAAACAUUUUUUUAACCUUCUUAAUCUUUCAUAAUUGGGUUCAUAGUAAAAAAAACACGUUUUAAUUGCAUUCGAUUAAUUUAAUAAUUCUAUAUUAACAGUAUUUAAUGACUAAAUGAAAAAGUUUUGGAGCUAAUUUUUCCUUAAAAUAAACUUAAUUCUACAUUUAAGAAGACUUGAAACUUGCAGUAGUUUAUUAGGAUUAGAUUUCUUAAAUUUACACGGCAAAGCUUCACCUAUUGUUUCAGGCAAGCUUUUAUUUAUAACGUGGCAGCAAAACGGAGUGCUAAAAAUUGAGCAUUUAGCAAUUAGCAAUUCCGCCUUCCUUAGGUCAGAUAACUUCCCCCUUUUUCACCACUGUUUUUUAGGCAAUUGCUGUAACAUAACGUUACCAUUUUUUCUCAUAAAUGUAGGACAUCAUUCUCGUUAUAUUAGCAUUUCCUUGUACAUUUACGACUUUAUUGUCAUAAUUUCCCGACUUUAUUCUCAAACUCUCAGAUUAAUUAAAUAUUCUGUCGUAUAACAGGCAUUGCUAGAGACGACUAUGACUUAUGUGACCUUUGGCCUUGGGCAAAGGUAAUAUUAUAAUUUUUUUUCUCUUAAAUUUAUGACUUUUUUUCCUUAUAAUUUCACAUGAAUAAAGUCGUACAUUUAUGAGAAAAGUCAUACAGGCAAAUUUGCAGAGAAUAAAGUCGUAAAUGUUGCUACAUUUACAACUUUAUUGUCGUAAAUUUCCGACCCCAAUACUCCACCUUAGCUAUUAAAUCAAGUAACAAAUAGAAAUGUUCUCCCAAGGUAAACUGCCAACCAUAGUAGUAUUGGUUUUGUCGCCCCCUGGUGGCCAGUAGAAAGAAUGACGGGGUUUUUCAAUAGUAUUCCUUCACUGUGUAUUUUGUUUUUUUACAAAUAUUUGUAACAUGAAAAUGUCUCCUCAGAAGUAUAUUGUUAAAACUUGAACCGUGUCAUCUAUUAAUAAAUAAUAAUAUCUUAAUGUGCACAUGAAUUCAAGCUAUGAAUGUUUUUAAAUGAUACAGUUAAUAAAAAUGAAUGAAACUA